AGUGCCUCCUGUCUAAGGUCUCAAACAAGAGGAAGAAGAAGUCUAACAAGUCUGUUCUCAAACUCAGUGCAGACAGAGAACACCCUCACACCGAGCAGUGAAAGUCCUCACACACAGCCACCAGUGAAAGUGCUCAGACCAAUGUCUGCUCUGAUGGGCUCUUAUUCCACCUGGUCAGAAGGCUUGGACUGCUCCACCAUGGAUGGGGACCUCUCAGAUGGCCUGUCUCCUCACAGAGCUCCCCGGGAGAAGGGAUCUGAAACUCGGAUCAGGAGACCCAUGAAUGCCUUCAUGGUUUGGGCUAAGGAUGAGAGGAAGAGAUUGGCUGUGCAGAACCCAGACCUUCACAAUGCUGAGCUCAGCAAGAUGUUAGGGAAGUCCUGGAAAGCCCUGACUCCCACCCAGAAGAGGCCUUAUGUAGAGGAAGCGGAGAGGCUGAGAGUCCAACACAUGCAAGACUACCCCAACUAUAAGUACAGACCCCGCAGAAAGAAGCAGAUCAAACGCAUCUGUAAGAGGAUGGACACCGGCUUCCUGCUCAGCACCCUGUCCAGGGACCAGGACUCUCGCCCAGAGAGCAGGGGUGGCAGGGCAGGAGGGGACAUAGAGGACAGUCCUGGCUAUCACCCAGGGGUGGCCCUCACUGACAUCAGGGGCUACAGAGAGUCUCCGGGUAAUAGCACCAAACAUGAUCAAACAUAUCCUUAUGGGCUGCCCACCCCACCUGAGAUGUCCCCUCUGGAGGUUAUUGACCAAGAGCAGAGUUUCUACCCAUCAUCGUGUUCUGAAGAUCACCAUCCUCACCUCAGUGGAAACACUUCAUACCCCAAUGAAUACACAAGAAAUCCCAUUCUCUGCGGCCACCUCAACCAAAUAUCCCUUCCUCAAAAUGGGCCUUCAAUGAUCCCAACUGUAGCCAGUUGCCCCCCACCAUAUUUCAAUUCUACUUAUCACUCUAUGCACCACAACUACCAUGCCCACCUUGGCCAACUCUCUCCUCCACCUGAACACCCCCAGUACGACGCUAUAGAUCAAAUCAGCCAAGCAGAACUUCUGGGAGAUAUGGACAGAAAUGAGUUUGAUCAGUAUUUAAAUACCUCUCGACACGAAUCUGGUGAAAUGACAUUACAUGGGCACAUUCCGGUUUCACAUUCCCAAGACCUACAUCCUCCUGAGAACAGCCUUAUCUCUGUCCUGGCAGAUGCAACAGCAACAUACUACAACAGCUACAGUGUUUCCUAGGGACCUCCUGGAAGUGUGAAUACAAACAGUGUUACUGGUAUCUUCUCUACUAAGCUAUGGACAUUCACUGUAAGGUCUCAGGAUUGUCUGAGAAUUGUCUCACACAUUUUCUGAGUUUGUGAUGAUCUU